UGGCUGUCGAAUGCCUCUACAGCCCACUUUCUUUUGAUAUUAGAAUAUUUAGCAAUUAUCAACAGUGAAUUUAUAUGAAAAAAUAUUUUAAAAUGAAAGUAAUAAUUGUCUAACUCAAAUAUAUAUGGUUUAGCAUUAACGAAAGAUUAUAAGAAAAAUGGACGAAAGGCAUUGGUGGGUUGCAUCCAGGAUCCAAGAAAGUUUCAAACUUGGAAACUUGGAGAAUCCGACACAUUUAGAAGAGUUUAUGUGCGAAGAGAACACGCUAAGUAAAGUAAAUAAGUUUCUCAAGGCAGGCGGCCCAUGCCGUCUCUUUUUCUAUUGUGAAAAAUCAGAUUCGUUGGACAAUGCAAGAGAAAUUCACUGUACAGGAAAUUUGGCAACACUUAAAGAUGUGCAGUUGGAGAAAGUUACUGUUCUGUAUUUCCUUCGCAAAAGCACGGAGAAAGAUGUUGAUCCAACGAAAAUGGAAAGAGAUAUAUUUUGUGGUGAACUAAAGCACAACACAAUAGAAACCCUUAAUUCACUGUUAUCAGACAUUUACAUACCACUCAUCAGAGCUCAAAAAGACUGGGGUCAGUGUGAUGAAGAGAGCCAGACUACCUUAAUGCAUAAUAUGGACAAGUUUGUCACAGCAUUAAAUGAAACUGCUGCCUCUAUGACCCACUCAAGACAAUGGAUGUUAAAACAACCAGAAAAUAUUAUCCUUAAUGAUUUCAAGCAACAAAGAGCUGCUGCCCUUGAUCCCAACUUAAUUGCUCAAUAUGAAAACUUAGUUAGUGACUGGAUCAAUACAAUUGAAGCAAUUUUAAAUGAUUCUGCAGAUGAAAGAUAUUUGGAUCCAAAUGCUGGUCCUUUGUCAGAAGUAGAAAGAUGGAAGAGGCGUCAACGUCUGCUUACAAGCAUCACAGAGCAAUUGAAAGGAAAGGAGUGCAAAGCUGUACUUGCAGUGCUGAUCACCGCAAAAUCUCGUCUACUUAAAAAAUGGAAAAUGACAGACUCCAGCAUUACAGAUAAUCUGAAUGACACAAAAGAUAAAGUAAAGUAUUUGGAUUCACUGAAGAGGUACUUUGACCUGAUGUAUCAAGAAGCAUCUCCCAGCAGUAUUAUCAACACUGCAAUUCCUGGUAUUAUUGGUACCAUCAAACAGAUGGAUUCUAUUUCAAGAUUUUAUACCAGAACAGGUUUCCUUGUGGUUAUUCUAACAAAGGUGACUAAUCAACUUGUACAAGCAUGCAAGGACUAUAUUAAACAGCUGACACACAACAUCUUGGAAGACAAAGAUGAACUCUGGCAAAGAAUUACUGAAGAGAUCACAAAAAAGGAUAUCUCACAUUCAAGUGAUACCCUGUUUAAACUACUCAAUAAGCAUGGGGAAAACAAGCUUAAGACAAAAUCUAAAGUCAGAGAUUCUCAAACUGAACAGCUGUCAGAGGAGACCCUGCUUGCCAGGUUACGGGCUUGUUUACAACUCCAGGUAUCCUACCGUGAGGCUCUGCGCUCACUGAGAGAAACUCUGGGUGCCACUCAGUCCAUAUCCCAUCCAUCAUCUCUCAGCAGCUACAGUACAGCACCUAGUCCACACAAAAGAAAGACAAGCAUUCCUGGUCAAAAGGGCAAUCAACCUCCGACUUUAUCACCUAAAAAAAGUGUUGAUAUGGGGAGCAAUUUUUCACCAAUGGCUGAUGAGGAAGUGAUAAUGGCACAUUUAGAUUCAUUUUGUGGAAGAGUAAGACAAGUCCUGGAAGUCAUCCAUACAAUGGCACAAUUUAACAAAUUGAGCAAAGGUUUGGUUGGUUUACCUCGUCCAAGGAAGGAGGAUCUCAUUUACAAUGAGGAAUCAUCAGAGCCAGAUCACAAACAGAAAAAACCUAAAGACUUACCUGCUGUUGAACUAGAGAAAGAGGAGGAUGAAUUUGGUGAUUCAGAAAUUCCUGACAUCAAAGUUUCACUCCCUGAGACAGACAGAUCUCUUCAGGUCAUUGCUGAGGGUGAUGAACACCUGCCCACUGACAGUCCAGACAACACCAUAGAGGAAGCUGCAGCCCAUAAGGUUUAUUCCAGAGUGAAUGUAGACACAGAAGAGAGUAAACCCAAGGGGCUAACAGCGGAGGAGUUGGCUAUCUUGAGGAUUUAUUACCCUGAUUCUCCAGAAGUGGAGGGUCCAAAUGUGUCAACAAUUGUAGAUGAGCAUGUCACAAAAAUGAAUGGGAUACUAAGAGACCAUGUCUCAACAAAGACAGUGCUAGAUGUUGAAUCAAAAGACAAAGAUCGAUUCGAUUCGCACUUUCAUUCAUUCCAAUCUGUUGUUCAAGACCUUGAAAACUUCCUCACAGCGUACCUGCAUGUUAUCUUUUUGAGAAAGAUGAAAACUCAUCAAGGAUUGGACAUAAUCACAAAAUUCAGCCCUAUAGCCACACGUUCUGAGGUGAGGGGAACAGUUUCUGAUAAAUAUGUUGAGAUCUUUGCAUGGUAUGAAGCUGAUCUUGAUGAAGUGCAAAAUAUUUAUGAAAAGAAUAAGGAGAAACCAAUUAUGGUGAGAAAUGCACCCCCUGUUGCUGGUGCCAUUUACUGGUCUAGACAACUUCUUAAGAGGAUAGAAGAUCCAAUGAAAAUCUUCAGAGAUAUUAAAGCAGUCACUUCAUUGGCUGACUAUGGCCGUUUGGUCAGGAUGUACAACAAACUUGCCACUGCUCUGGUGACAUUUGAAAGCUUGUGGUACACUCAGUGGAAAAAUAGCAUAGAGCAAGCCAGAAGUGGCCUCAAAGCAACUCUCUUUGUUCUUCACCCUGCAACAGGGGAGGUCAUUGUCAAUGCAGAUGACAGAGUCCUUGAACUGAUUCAUGAGGCCAAGUGGAUGACCAGACUGGACAUUCAAGUCCCAGAUUCAGCCCUGGCAGUCAUGCAACAGGAGGAGCGCUUCAAAGGAUACAAAAGUCAUCUGGAGCUUGUGCUGCGUGACUUCAAAGAUGUGUGCAAGGCCAUUCCAGCUCCACUUGUGAAGCUGUUUACCCCUCAUGUCCUGUAUGUGCAGCAUCAACUUCAGCCUGGUCUCUCAUCACUGGCAUGGAACAGCAUGAACAUAGAUGCAUUCCUCCACCAAAUUCACUCAGCGCUAGACAGACUUAAACUUUUGAGUCAAAAGGUCAAUCACGUGAUGAUGGAGAAAGUUAUUGGAACAAUCCACACAAUCCAGAACUUCUGUUUGUAUGAUGCAGACAUGGCUUUCUCUCAAACUUGGCAAGUUGAAGAGUUCUACACUCAGAUCAUGGAGAGUAUAAAAGAAAGAUCGAAAAUACUGCAGGGUUAUGUGGCAACAGUUUUAGAUGGAUUACAAACCAUUACUAGUCUCCUUACUACAAAAAAGCACAAGCGCAAGCAAGAGAAUAAGCAAGUUCUAAAAGAGAAGAAACUGCAGAUGAUUCUUGCGGAAGAUGAUCUUGAAAAAGAAAAACAAGAUGCAGCCACAGAAGAAAACAAUCUGUUAGAAUUAAUAGAUCAUUUUAAGGACCAGGUUUAUCAAGCAGUCUUAAGUGUAACAACCAAAUCCUUGGCUCUGUUAGCUGAUGCAGCAGGAUGCACAGGGGAGGUAAUCAGGGCUUACUCUCCCAACUCUAAUCUUGAGUCAGACAGUGACUGCAGCUCUCCCUCACCCAGAGGGGUGUCCAGCCAUUUUUUCAGUCCUGACAACAGUCGAGCAAACUCAGUACUUAGUGGAGGGAGACAAUCCCAGGCAUCAGACAGACCAGGAAGUGCUGUAACAAACCUUUCAACAAUGACAUGGUCUCCUGGAGAGACAACUUUCAUCAAAACACUUCUACAAUUUGAAGUCAGUGUAAAGUUCUCCAUUCCCAACAUCAUAGUGGAGCCAACGCUAGAUGUUGUACAAAAUGCCAUUACACAAACAGCCAAUGCUAUUCUUGAAGCUAACAAUGGUAAAGAACAUGUUAACUGA